GCACGGCAUUUGUCAUCACAACGUCUGCGAAAUCGGCCAUGGCUGGGAGACUUCUUCUCGGUGUGGUCACAUUUUUCAGCGGCACUGCCGCAGUCCGUACUGUGGCUCUAGGGAGCUCGGAGAAACAUUUCAUGGAAGACUAUGUCGCCUCCGAAAAUUUCACCAAGUUUUCCAAGAAGAUCGGCAAUUUAUUUAAGAGCUGCUGCUGCGUGAGGGCAUCUGAUUGGAAGACCUACAAGAACGAAUUUGGCUUCUCGACGGACAACUGUCCGGAGGUGGCAUGUGCGAAAGAUUUCGGGAAAGGACAUGGUGCGCGCUGCGAUGAGAGGACGUGGCGUCUGAUAGGUGAUUUAACAAAGAUUUCUAUAGUAAACAGCAUGAGCAUUUUGUGAUCUUAAUAGAUGGGAUACAACUUUUUUUGUGUGUUUUUUAUAUAUUUGUUGAAUUCAACAAGUGGAAUUCCAUUGACUAACUCAUGUUUUUUUCCCGAGUGGCUGAGCACGCACCAGGCCUUCCGAGCUCAUGAAUACUUCAGGUCAGGUGAUCUACCGAGCCAAUUCUCCUGACAUCUUCUGUGACGUCCUUUGGCGAUGUGAUUCGGAGUACACAAAGAAACAGCACUUCGCUUCGGAAAUCCAAGACUGGGAUUGGCGGCGUCGACAGCAGCUCUUCGAUAAGAACUUGUAUGAUGUUGACAAAUGGUGAAGCCAGUGUCAGGCUGACAUUGUAUUUGGCUGAGAGAAA